AGUCCUCUCUGGGACACACACACACACAGCUUAUGCUGAGACACUGCAUUCCUCCCGGCCCUGGCUUCCUGUUUCUGGAUUCAUUCCUGUUCCAGAGUCACCGCAGAGAUCGCUUGGAAUCCCGCUCCACAUUCUCCAGAUGGGCACGGGCCCUUGACCUCCACACCCUCCCUCUGGCUGGCAAGAGAGGGCAGACCUGGGGUGGUACUAGCACGGCUGUGCCUAGGGGGUGAGACGCUCACUCCCCACCCCACCCCCCAACCUUGGACUGGUGCAAGGCAUUUCCUGCCUGGCUUCGGGUGGGGGGAGGGGAGAGGUCCUAGCUGGGCAGUAGGGUGGGAAACAAGUUGCAGCUCAGGCCCUUGGCGCUCAGCCUGCCCCCCCAAGGGGAAAGGGGCUUACAGUUUCCCCUUCCGGUCCUUAGAAAGUUGUAAGUUUUAAAAUGGCUUUGGACGCCGGGGAGGGGUGUGUUCGCUCUGGGGGUUCCCUGAGGCUGCAGGGUGGGGGAGGUGGAGCGUCAGCUUUCCCUUAGGAACAGUCUCUCCCCGCCCCUCCUGCUCCCCCUCCCCAAAGCCCUAGCCCCUUCCCCCACCCGAGGCCCGGGUGCAAGUCUGCACGUCCGCAGCUUCCCUCUGGCUGCAGGGCAUCUGGGUCCGUAUCCCAGGAGGAGCCAGCUGGAGGCCCCCAGCCCAUCUUACAGCCAUCAGGUUGCUUUACCUGCUUGGGAAACCAGGAGGUGGUGCCAGUGACAUCCCAGGGGCUUCUCGAAGGCCCCUCCCCGCACGCUCCUCCCUGGGGUACCCCCGGCUAGGAGCAGGCCAAAGGGUUCCGAUUGAGCCCGGAACAAGGAGUGCGCCCUGCACUAGUCGUUACAAGCUUCCCGGAGGCAGUGACCCAUCCCCUUCCUUUCCCCAGCAGCACCGCAGGGAGCCGGGUUCGGCACUCUCUUCCCACCGCCGGCACGUGGGGCUCCAUUUCCUCCGUGGCCCCUGAGAGUUUGCUGCAGGAAGAGCCCGGGGGAGGGGGCGGCUGGGCGGGGUGACCGGGCCCGGACGGGUACUAGUUGUCGAUAUUUGGCGAGGGGAGAGGCUGCCCAGCUCGCCUCCUCCGCCUGGCUGUCGGGACCACCCCGCCCUUGCGCGAGCACCUGCGCGCCCCUCCCUCGGCCCGCCCUCCCUUCCCCCGCUGGGAGUGUCCGGGGGCCGCGCCCGCUGCGGGCGCUCUGCGAGGGACGUGGCUGGGUUCGGCGGGCGACUGAGCGCCCGGAGGCCGGGAGCCGAAGCCAUGCGGGCCCGGCGGCGGCGCGUCUUCGCCGUGGAACCGCUGGACGGCCGGGAUCGAGCCAACGAGGCCCUGGCACGUGGUUGUGUGGUACCUGGCAUCACCAGCACCUACAGGCGAAUCCCCGAGGCUACUCUUGCCCCCUUCUCGGACUCCCAGAAGGGACACGGUGAUAUGAGAGCGUACAGGAGGCAGGUGCCUGUUCUCAAGGUGGCCUCGCGGGACUCCGGAGUGGAGAUGGCCGUAGGGGAUGGCUCGCUGGCCACCUUAGCCGGUCUGUCUCAGGACUCGCUGCGCUGGGAGCCCAUGGGGAGCCCCGAGCCCCCUGGCCGGCUCAGCCGGUUCCUGGCCAGCCACAAGCUGGAGCAGGUGCUGGAGCGCUCCCAUCACUUCCCGCCACCGUCGCCUGCGCCUGCCAGCUCGUGGGAAAGUCAGCCUGGUGUGUUGCAGCCAGCCGGCAGGCCUGAGAGUGAAGUGGGCCUCUGUCCAGCAGAAGGGUGCCUGGAGGCAGAAACCCACCUAGAGGCGGGAGCGGAAGAAGCAAGGGUGGCGGGGGACUUGGGGCCUGGAACCUGGGCCUGCCUCCCAGGGCAGGGUCUCCGCUACCUGGAACACCUGUGCCUGGUGCUGGAGCAGAUGGCAAGGCUGCAGCAGCUUUACCUGCAGCUGUGGACCCAACGGCUGCCUGGGGAUUCGCUGGAGGAGGAGUCGGCUCUGGGGGCUCUGCCUUCACCCUCAGCCUCACCAGACCUGGGCAGCGGGGUGCGGGGGCGAUGGGAGCUGCUAAGCCACGCACAGGAGGCAGAAGGGGCAGAGGUUACUUUGUCUCCCAAGCUGGGGGAGCCAGGAGCCCACCCUCCCAGGUUGUCAGAGCCCCCCCUGGAGCCAACUCCUGACUUCUCAGCCUCCCAAGAAUGCAAGCGAGAUGUCUCCCACUGGGACAAGGUCAAGGUCUUGCUCAACCGGAUCCGCUGGAGGACUCCUCGGCACACCGAGCGGCCUGCCCCACCUGGAGGUUCAAGCUCCAGGAUGGAGCCCAGGGCCUCCCCAGAAAGGCCUCGGUGUCACAACCAUCGGAGAACCUUUAUGCCAUCGGUAACCGUUAAGAAGCAACGAGCCAAAAAUGUUUCUGUAUGCUGAGCCCACCUGGUACACUGGUGAUCCUGGGUGGCGGGGAGGAACGGGGGAGGCCCUGGGCCCCUGGCUGCCGCGUUGUCUGCAACGCCAACAGAAGCUGCAGCCACGCUCGGAGACUGGUGCAGUGGCCAGCUCCAGGACUUCCCCCCUCGGGCCUGGGCCAGCAGCUCCUGGGGAUGCCGCUGUAAGCCAACUUAUGUGCCAGGUGUCUGGGCCCUGGUGUGGCAGCUGGAGCCAGUCAUUUCUCCUGGAAUCUGUAUGCAUCUCAUGUGCUGGGCCUUCUGAGCUGUGGGAAGCUGUCCCUGCAGUGGUCCUGGCACUGUACUGGGGGCCCUGUUCCCCCUCUUUCUGGCUGCGUUAUGGAGCAGGACACCUGGAACUGGGGAGACUCGGGGACCUCCCAGGGGUAUCAGAGUUGAUUUCUCAGUCGCUCUGGGCCGUGCUGACUUUGACACAUUGGAGACGCCCACGCCUGCUUCCAGCCUCCCUCUUGCGGUGACGCCAGCCCUACCUACCUCAGUCUUGUCAUGAGGAUCAAGUGAGAUUAAACAGUCUCAGUCGGC